CAAAACCAUAAGUUAAGCCCCUGAACUAACCCCAGAAUCGCUAUUAAGCCCCUAGACUUUAAUUGAUGCAGUUAAGCCCUUAAACUCUGGGAUCAAAGCAAUUAAGCCCUUCUUCUUAAGCAAUUUAUUUUAAAAAUUAAAGUCUAGGGGCUUAAUGGCGUAAGAAGAAGGGCUUAUUUGCUUUGAUCCCAGAGUUCAAGGGUUUAUCUGCAUCAAUUAAAGUAUAGGGGCUUAAUAGCAAUUUUGGGUAUAAAUUAUGUAAUGGAGUCAUCACUAACAAAAAAAAAACAAUAACACAGAACCAAACUUGAGACCCUGCUUCCCUAGUUCCCCAAAGCCAAAAAUGGAGUCCCAAACCAACGGCUCAGCUCCCAAGCCGCUCAAGUUCUUGAUCUAUGGGCGUACCGGGUGGAUCGGCGGCAUGUUGGGGAAGGUCUGCCAAUCCCAAGGGAUUGACUUUCAUUACGGAUCCGGGCGCCUUGAGAAUCGGGCCUCCUUAGAAGCCGACUUCGCCGCCGUUAAGCCGACCCAUGUGUUCAAUGCGGCUGGCCUCUCCGGCCGACCCAAUGCCGAUUGGUUUGAAUCCCAUAAGCUAGAGACCAUAAGGACUAACGUCGUCGGGAUCUUACAACUCGCCGACGUCUCCAGAGAGAAUGGCUCGCUUUUGAUUCACUUCGGCUCGGCUUGUCUCUUUAACUAUGAUGCGGAUCAUCCGGUCGGCUCGGGUAUCGGGUUCACGGAAGAGGAUACUCCAAAUUUUUGUCGGUCCUUUUAUGCAAAGACCAGGGCGUUGGUGGAAGAACUCAUGGUGAAUUAUGAGAAUCUAUGUAUCUUGCGGGUUAGAAUGCCCAUCUCCUCUGAUUUAUAUAAUCCUCGGAACUUAGUCUUCAAACUCACCCAAUACAAAAAGUUAAUCAACGUUCCUAACUCAAUAUCUGUCCUAGAUGAGCUCAUUCCUAUCACCAUUGAGGUGGCAAAGAAGAACUUGACUGGAAUCUGGAAUUUAACUAAUCCUGGAGUCAUAAGUCACAAUGAGCUCUUGGAAAUGUACCGGGAUUAUGUUGAUCCGAAGUUUAAAUGGGAGAACUUUACCAUAGAGGAGCAGGACAAGAUUCUUGCUGCUCCAAGGUGCAACAAUGAAAUGGAUGUCACCAAGCUGAAAAAGGAAUUUCCUCAUCUUCUUUCUGCAAAGGAAUCGCUUAUCAAGUAUGUCUUCGAGCCAAACAAGAAGAUUGCUGCCGCAUGAUGCCUAGUUUGCUCUUAUGUUGUCUUUUAAACUUUCUAUGAUCUAUGUUUCGAUUAUGUUGUAUCAAAAUUAGGUCCUACUAAUAAACCCUGACUCGUAGUUUGUGUGGUUAUUAUAUGGGCACUCCAUCCACGCUACCAGGUUCAACUCCCUUGUAUUCCCUUUUUUCCUCCCUCAAUGCCUCAAUUUCUCCUAAUAGACCUCUGUCAGGCCCAUCUAUCUUACAAGCAAUAAAAUAUUAAAUUCUUA